GAGCGAGAUGCGGACCCUGUGCGUCGACGUCAGCGUGCUGACGUCACGGGUCGGGUACUCGAGGAGGUCCCGGGGCCGCUGACUGCAGGCGGUGGUCCGCGCGUCGCCUGCUGGACUCGGUGCUGGGUCCCGCCCCAGUGAGCCCCGCCUUUCCACCUGGGGCGCAACCGCGGAGCCGCAGUCCCGGGGCCAGCGUAGGGCGGCCGGCCGGGAACCACCCGAUGAGGUCUCUUGUUUCUAGGGAUGGUGAAGUUGGAAAAAGGCUCCUUUAACCCGCCCCAGGAUGAACCACCUGCCAGAAGACAUGGAGAACGUUCUUAGUGGGAGCCAGAGCUCCCAUGCUUCUUUGCGCGGCGUCCAUUCCAUCAACCCCACCCAACUCAUGGCCAGGAUUGAAUCCUAUGAAGGAAGGGAAAAGAAGGGCAUAUCUGAUGUCAGGAGGACUUUCUGUUUGUUUGUCACCUUUGACCUCUUAUUUGUAACAUUACUGUGGAUAAUAGAGUUAAAUGUGAAUGGAGGCAUUGAAAACACGUUAGAGAAGGAGGUGGUGCAGUAUGACUACUACUCUUCUUAUUUUGACAUAUUCCUUUUGGCAGUUUUUCGAUUUAAAGUGUUAAUACUUGCAUAUGCUGUGUGCAGACUGCGCCAUUGGUGGGCAAUAGCGUUGACAACAGCAGUGACCAGUGCCUUUUUAUUAGCAAAAGUGAUCCUUUCAAAGCUUUUCUCUCAAGGGGCUUUUGGCUAUGUGCUGCCCAUCAUUUCAUUCAUCCUGGCCUGGAUUGAGACAUGGUUCCUGGAUUUCAAAGUGUUACCUCAAGAAGCAGAAGAAGAAAACAGACUCCUGAUAGUUCAGGAUGCUUCAGAGAGUGCGGCACUUUUACCCGGUGGUCUUUCUGAUGGUCAGUUUUAUUCCCCUCCUGAAUCUGAAGCAGGUAAAAAAUUUGAUUCUGUCCAUUGUUCAAAUGCUCUGUCCCCCCUCCCUCUCUCUCCCCACUCUAUUUCUCAUUAUGCUUAG